CUCGCCCGUGCCGCCCGCGGAGCCGCUCGCCGCCGCGCUGCUGGCUCAGCUAUUUUUUCUCCUUUUGCUUUUUUUCUUUAUUUUUGUUAUUUUCUUUUUCUUAAUUUUUUAAACCCUUUUGUUGUCUCUUCCCCUACUGGGGGAAUGUACCUAGGAGCCACAUAAACUCAAAAGUUCACGGAAAAAGGAGAGUCUAAGCUUAGUAUCCAUUUGACCUACAGUGUCUUGGAAGUUUGGAACAUCAGCAGGUAGUGGCUGCAGUGUGGGAAGGUGACUUUGAGCCAGGAAACUGCAGAGCAGAUCUUGGAGGGCUGUAGAGCCUCAGGUUAAGCUUCCAUCAAGAAGGUCAACUGAUGUGCAUUGGAGAUCAUCAGCAGAGGCGUCUUAGAAACCCUGGAAUAGAUCUUCCCAGUUCCCCCCACCUCUCAGAUCAAUGUGGUGGUGGCAGGAACCACCUUCAGUGCUUUACAGGACUGUGUUGUGGUGCUUUAACAGCAUUUCCUUUCCUCUUUGCACACGAGGAGCAGAGAAAGGAGACUCCAGUAAAUCACCCCCACUGUCUGAAUUUUCUAGCAGAUGUGCCAAUGCUGUGUUAUCAAACUUGGGCAUUUGGGGGGUGCUGGUGCUGCUGGGGUGCCCACCCCAGCUGGCCCCUGCUCCCUGCAGAGCUCACUGCCACAGGCUUUUCGUGCUUCCUGCUCUCAGCUGCUGUUUGCCCUUGGUGUGGUUGAUAAAUCCCCCAGGCCUCGAAAAGGCUGAAUUUCACUUGUGUGUGCAGUGAGGAAAAUACAGGAUUUAUAAAUACCCAUGCAUAUACAAGGGCUGUGGGUUGGGUUGGUCUGGAUUAAAGGAGGUAUUGAAAAAUGAGGGAAGCCAGAAACUGCAGGCUUCUCAUUUCUGUGAUUUCUAAUGGCUUUUCCUUUUGCAUAAACAUUGCCUUGACUCCAUACCCGAGAGCACUGCAGGCGUUUUCUCCCCCGAUCUGCACAAAAUAUAACCCAGACCUCUAAAAUGGAUAUUUUUUAUUAGGAUGUUUGGUUUCCCCAAACUGAGGGGAGAACAGUUGCCCUCUGUGGCAGCAAGUCCCCAGCAAGCUUCAGGGCAGCUGUGUCCUGAGCGAGGCAAACCACAGCUCCUUUUUUGGGGGGGGGAAGCAGCAAAUUAGGUCUCUGCACUUCGAUUCAGUGCUACCUGCACUUGGGGACACUGUUACUGUGAGUUACAGUAUAAAGAGGUGAUGUGAAGACCCAAUUUUUAAACAAUAGCUGCUGGGAUUUUGGUCUCCAGAGUUGGGUACUUUCAUUCCCAGGGGACAAAAUAUAUCAGAUGCCUUCCUCAGCAGCCUGAGCUGGUGGUGCUCAUUGAACUGGAGCAGGGCAGAGGGCAGUGUGCUUCUCCCAGUGCCUGCAAAGUGCUUUUUCUUCUGCUGUGGUUGCCCAGGGGUGUGCACACAGAAGGUGAUGUGUGGAGCAGGGCUUGUCCCACACAGGGAGCAGCAUUCCCCAGCUGGCGGCAGGACAAAGCACCGAGUGAUGCCCCUGAACACUUGCUGCUGGGAGGGAGAGGGAUAAUUUUCAGCUGUGGUGUUAAACAUCAGUUCUCCUAAAAUCAGCCAUGGGACUGUGGGGUCCAACCCUACCAAAGCCUCCCGGCGCCUGCCUGGGCUCCCUGCGUGCCCACAUGAAACAGCCCUGUGCAAGGUGGUCCAGCUGUGUGUCUCCUGUGGGAAGCACACUCCUUUUCUGCUUCAUUUCCUAUGGGACAGGGCACAGCAACCCAGCCAGGGCUUGCAAAUCCCCCUGGGGUGCCCUGGGUCUCUCCCACCUCAAGCAGCAGGGCAGAGCCACCCUAGAGAUGCACCACAAAUGCACUCACACCCUCUCCUGAGGCACAUCCUGACCUAAAGCAAAGGAAAAGCCCUGCUAAGUGGUGCCAGGCUGAGCAGGGAAGGGGAAAGGCUUACAGAAAUCAGUGUAGGAGAAAGGUGGUGGAUCCCCCCUUGCUCCCCCCCCCCUUUUUCUACAUAAUGCCCAACUGUGUGGAGAGCAGCUGAGCCCCAGCCAAGACCUCAGGCUCUGAAAAGGCAGCUUUUAGUGAGAGCUGCAAGAGCCCAGCCCGUGUGGUGCUGCUAACAUGACACUGAACUAACACUGCACUACAACCUAAGCAUUUCAAUAAUUUAAUAUAAUAAAUGUCAGAGGGAGUGAAUAAUUCUCUGUAACCCUGAGGAGGCUGGAGGUGCCAGAAGGAGCCAAGUGGGCAUAGUGAGCUGCUUUAGCAAUAGCCCUUUGACUCUCUGCAGAGAAAUUUACACAGAUGAUGGAUGCUGGGUGGUCGCCUCUGUGGGCAGAAUGGCAAGCACUGUUCAGGAGUGUGUCACUGACACAAUUUAGCCCCAAAAUUUGGAAGGCGAGGGCUGCAGAGAGCAGAGAAAGAAAAGAAAGCCAAGCUUCUAGGUAGCUGUUCCUCCAGCUGGACAUCAAAUCUGAAGAGCUCCCAUCUGCUUACCUGCCUUUGCAUGCACGUUCUCCCUUGAAGCAGCAUGUGGGUGAUUGUUCCAGAAGGCUCUUUAAUCAGCUCCAGGCAGUGACCCACGUGCCUCUGGAAUUACGUAGGGAUGGCAGGGAGCAGUGAUACCUGCACAAGCCUGGCCCUGCCCUGAGCCAGUGCUGUGGGAGGCUCUGCAGAGCAGGCAUUGCUGCUGCCCACGCUGUCAGCACACGUCUUAAUCCACAGCUUCUGGCAAUUUGCUCCUGAACACUCCCUGCCCUCCUUGCCACGCUGUUCCACACUUUGCCAAGGGGUUAGGAGCCCCACAGGGAGACCCCAAGCUGUAUGGAUGGGCACUGGUGACUGCGUUGGUGACACCAACGGGGAUGGAGCAUGUGACUCUGCAGCUGAGGCACAAGGACCCAGAGCUGUACUCCUAAUUUUACACAGCACACUGAACGAUGAGACUCACCAGGAAAAAAUUCACACACCCAGCCUGGUUCUUCCCUGCUGUGUGCCCGUUGUCUCUGGCAAACUGAGGAUGAAAUGCUACUGAAUGCAGCCAGCAAGGUUCAGUACUCAUUUAACACUGUUAGUUAAUUUAACACAGCAUUCGUGUAAAAGGGUAUCCAGGGUCAGCCCAAUUUCCUUGAUACAUUUCCAUAUUUAUCCCAAUCACAAUCAGUUGUUGUGGAAAAAAAAAAAAGAAAAAAAAACAACAAAAUUUUAAAAAAAUUUAAAAAAAGAAAAAAUAAAAACUCAAAACCCAAACCCAGAGUUUUGCUGAGAGAUUCCCAAAUAGUGCUUUUAUAUGAAAGGAAAAAUAGCAAAGGCAGAUCAAAGCUGAAAUCACACCAUUGCUUGGCAGCAGAGGAGUGAAACAGCUGCAGAUUGCCACUACGGAAAAAGAUUAAAUAACUUUCUUAUGGGAUCUCUUUGGCUGUGCAAAGACAUAAACUAUUCAUUGGCUAGAAAGUGGAGUGAAACUUCAGCAAGACUAAGUGACCCACCCUGGAGCAGCCAUUGGUGGGAUACUGGUUGCUAAAGCUCUGCUUCAGUGUGCUGAAGCAGGGAUCUCCCAGCACCUGGAUGGAGGGAACAGGUACAGCCUUGGCACAGGAGCUGCUCCUGCUCUGCCAUGAGUGCUGUGGCUGAGCCAGGGCUGAGCCCAGAGCCCUGUGCUGGCAGCAGCUCUGGGGCUGCCACAGGAGCAGAGCCUGGUGGCAGCCUGUGCUCUGCAGUCAGGAAUGGCCAUAAAACAUUCAUUUUCCAGGCACGGAGUAGCAGUUAAUGCUGUGGGUGACACUGACACUGGCCCUGGCUGUAAAUCUGAUUCUGGCAGGGCUCUGUUGAUUUAUGUUUACCAGCAAUCCAGCUAACACAUCCAGGAUAAGGAACUGGGAACAAGGAGGGCAGGAGAUAUAUUGUCCCUCUAGUACCCUAACAGAGCACAUCUGGGCAGUGCAAAGUGUCAGGUCCCCCUGGCACUGCUCAGAGAAGACACUGGCUAUGUAUUUGUUUAUAUGGAACAUGUGUUUUUCUUCCUCAUACAACAGCAGAGCAUCAGCUCCAUCCAAAGGUGGGAAAGCUGGAACUGAAAUGUGUUUAAAGUGAAUUGCAACAUGGUGCUAAAAGCUGUAAGGGGCACAGCCUUUUUCAAGUAUUGCACUGAGAAGAGCAGAGUUGGCAUGCAAACUCUGCUAGCAGGGUGCUUGGGGUGACUGUGUGCAGCCUCUCUCCCUGGGAGCUUGCUCUGGCCUCUGAGCCCAGAGGAGCUCACCACGAGGAGCCUGCCUUGGGGUGAUGGCAGGGCCAGCCUUACCUCUCCUCACACAGCUGAUCAUUUAUGCUCUCAACUUUUCUCUAUUUCUAGCCCACUUAAGAGGAAGAGAGACUGUGUCUAAAGGGAAUGUGUUCAAAGGGAAUGCUCCCCUGCACAUCUCUUGCAAGUUCCUCCUUGGGUGGCUGUGGCUGAUGGCCCUGCUGUCACCCCUUUUUCCCCAGUGCUGCCCUCAGCCCCCAGAUGCUCUCUCACAGUUACUCUGUGAUGUGUUUUCCACUGUGCCUGGGGCUCCACAGCCUUCGGGGCUGCUGCUUUACCUCUGUCUCUGACAGGAGAGUCACAAACCAGGCUGGGUCCCCUCAGUAGGAGCAAUGUUCCCAGUGACCACAUUGCCAGAUGUGCCAAGGAGGGACUCCUACACAGGCAUCUCCUCUUCCUUCUCCUCUGCUUUCAUCUUAUCCUGUCAAAUAUCCCAGACUCAGGGAAUCCUCCUGUCCCAGACUCAGGGGGUUUCAGCAGGGCAGGAGCUGGUGUUGUUCAGUGAGUGGUGCCCCACAGAAGGCCUCCACAGCUGACAUCCCAGAGCUCUCCCCCCCUUCCACACGUGUCCCAGGUGGCAGAGCAGGGCAUUUCAGACCCACCUCAUCUCUCUCCAGCUGGUUAACACCCAACCUACCAAGUCAGAAGAGUUAAAUGCCAGGUGCUUGGGAACUCCUUCUAGUUAAUAGAGCAGAAACAAUCAGCAGAACCACCUGCUCCUUAGGUUUCAGGAAAAAAUGCAGCUAUUUUCACCCAGCAUCCCUUGCAGAAGCCAGUGAGUGGCUCCACCUUGCAUGGCAGCUCCCCAGCUGCACUCACAGCUUAGCAGCAUCGCUUCCCAGCUCACCCAAAAGCCAUACAGCAACAAGCACACCAGGCUGAAAAAAAUAAUGAUGAGUUAGAGCACAGCCACCAUCGCAUGGGGCUGGAAGUCUUAGAAAUGCCUCUGUGUGUUCAGUGGCAAGCUGAUAAAGCAGUUACUCCACCAUCCAAACUUUCUGUUUUUCAAUGCCAGCCCCGUUCUCAGAGCAGCUGAGCUGCAGUUCCUUCUGAUGGGAAAGCCUUUCCAUGUUCCCCACCCCAUCAGGCUGGGCAUGGAGGGAGCUCCUUGCCCCCUGCAGGGCAGGGCAGGAGCUGGCUCUGGUGCCCCAGUGCCAGGGAAGUUGUGUUUGCAGACCCAACCCGUACCAGGCCAGCCUGCUCCAGGACAGCGUGCGGAGGUACCUGCAGCUGCCAGCAGACCAGACGGUGCUGAUCCUGCACGCCAAGGUGGCACAGAAGUCCUACGGCAACGAGAAAAGGUUUUUCUGCCCCCCACCUUGUGUUUACCUGAGCGGGCCAGGAUGGAAGUUAAAGCAGGAGCAGAUAAAAGCCAGGGACCUGGGAGAGGCUGGGUUUCGGGUGUGUGGGUACAUGGGGCUGGACAGCAUGGGCAGCAGCCUGAUGGAGACCCAGAAGCUGAGCUUUGAGGAGCAGCCAGAUGCGAAGGGGUUCAGCUGUGCCAAGGCCCUGUACAUCUCGGACACGGACAAGCGCAAGCAUUUCCGCCUGGUCCUGAAGCUCUUCUUCAGCAACGGGCAGGAGAUCGGCACCUUCCACAGCAAACUCAUCAAGGUCAUCUCCAAGCCCUCGCAGAAGAAGCAGUCCCUGAAGAACACGGACCUCUGCAUCUCCUCAGGCUCCAAGGUGUCCCUCUUCAACCGCCUGCGCUCCCAGACCGUCAGCACCCGCUACCUGUCUGUGGAGGGAGGAGCCUUCAUCGCCAGCGCCAGGCAGUGGGCAGCCUUCACCCUGCACCUGGGCGGUGACCCUGCCUCUCUCCCCCGGCCAGCCGACGAGCGCUGCCCCCGCAGCGAGUUCCCCCUGCGGGAAGGGUACAUCCGCUACGGCUCCGUGGUCCAGCUGGUCUGCACGGCCACCGGCGUCACCCUGCCGCCCCUGGGAUCCGUGCUGGGGAUCCAUGCCAGGGAUCCACACUGGGGAUCAUGCCGGGGAUGCUGCCGCCCGCAGAUCAUCCGGAAGGUGAUGAAGCAGUAUGCCAUGCUGGACGUGGAUGAGCCCAUCUCGCAGCUCCACAAGUGUGCCUUCCAGCUGCAAGGCAGUGACCGCAUGUACCUGUGUCUCUCCACAGACAAGGUGAUCCAGUUCCAGGCGUCUCCCUGCCCGAAGGAAGCCAACAGGGAGCUGCUGAACGACGGCUCGUGCUGGACCAUCAUCAGCACGGAGACGGUGGAGUACACCUUCAGCGAGAGCCUGGCGUGCGUCCGCGAGCCCGUCAGCCCCGUGCCGCUCAUCGCUGCCCUGCAGCUCACAGGUGGUGGGGACGUGGCCAUGCUGGAGGUGCAGGGGGAGUAUUUCCACGCACACCUCAAGGUCUGGUUCGGAGAUGUGGAAGCAGAGACGAUGUACAGGAGCCCCAAGUCCCUUGUGUGUGUCGUCCCUGAUGUCUCUGCCUUUGGCAGCGACUGGAGGUGGCUGCGCUAUCCCAUCACGGUCCCGCUCCUGCUGAUCAGGGACGAUGGCCUCAUCUACUCCAGCUCCUUCACAUUCACCUACACCCCAGAGCAGAGCUGCAUCCCAGGGCAGCAGGUCCUCUCAGAUGUUCCCCAGGACUCAGACAAAUUACUCGACAGCAUCCACCAGGAGUUUACCAGGACCAACUUCCACCUCUUCAUGCAGACCUAGCACGCUGGGCAGGCAGAGGCUUGGGCCCACUGCUGGCCUAGGGAAGGGGAGCAGCCCUGAGCCACGCUGAGGGGGUUCAUCCAGGGCUUGGGGUGGCCCUGCCAAAGGGUCCUCCCCACUCUUUGAACACCACCAUGCUCCUGUGGUUUACUGAUUUAUCUCUUUCUCACAGCAGCAUCUCACACUGCUGAGAGCUCACAUGAGAGCAUCAAUAAAUCAGGCUUGAAGGACUCCUCACUGAUUCAAUUGCCUUUUUACUGAC